UCCAUCGCUGAAUUCUCUUCCCCUCGACGGGUUCCUACGACGGGUGGAGAGAAAGCUGCCUCCUUUUCCUCUCCGACGGCCUUAGAGCGACGGGAAAUCCACGGAUCUCGGGAGCUCUUCUUUGAGACAGCACGAUUUCACGACAGUCCCGGUCUCCGAGCUGUGAAAAUCUCAUCUUUUCGCUUCCUCAGUGUUUUCUCCCCAUUUCUUAGUCAAAUCAGAGUCGAGCAAUUACGAAACAUCCACCUGAGGUCCCUCUGUAGACUGGGAAGGAGAUAGGAAAGCCCUUAUUUUUCUUCUUGGCUUUGGGCUGCGAGGUUCUGGGAUUUGUUAGGUUCUAUCCUUUCUGUACAAUUUCUUCUGGUGAUAAUUGCUCCAUAGAUCGCAGCGUGAAUUGCGGUCUUGUGUAGGUUGUCAAUCGUUCCAGCACAAAAUCGCUGCUGGAAACCCGUCGGGUUGUUGUUUUCGUUCUAAAAAAAUGAUCUUUUUCGGCUCUUCGAUUGAAACCGUUCCAUCGCCAGAAUAAAACUUUCCGAAGCAUUUGAUCUCGACUCAUAAAAAAUCUGAUAUUGCGAUAACAAUGACUAUUGGGAACUUUUCUCCCGUUGGUAACAAUGGGCAGCGGAGGGGCAAAAGGAUCCUCGAAGAGGAGGCUCCCCUGUUACCAAGCAAGCAGGAGGAAACUGGGGAGUCUGAUGAGUUCAAUGGAGCUUCCUUUGCUGGGGCUGUCUUUAACCUGUCUACUACCAUAGUUGGAGCCGGGAUUAUGUCCCUGCCCGCCACCAUGAAAGUCCUGGGGCUGGUUCCUGGGAUCCUCCUUAUCAUAUUCUUUGCUUUCUUCACGGAGGCAUCGAUCGACAUGUUGACCAGGUUCAGCCGAGCUGGAAAAACAGUUUCAUAUGGAGGAGUUAUGGGGGAUGCAUUUGGAAGGACCGGCAAGGUGCUGACUCAGUUAUGUAUUAUCGUGAACAAUGUCGGCGUGUUGAUUGUAUACAUGAUUAUUAUCGGUGAUGUGCUUUCUGGAACAUCUUCUGGUGGCAACCACCACUUUGGUGUGUUGGAAGGAUGGUUUGGACAACACUGGUGGACUGGCCGGUUUUUCAUUCUUCUGGUUUCUAUGCUGGCAGUGUUUGCUCCUUUGGCAUGCUUCAAGCGCGUGGAUUCGCUGAGGUUCACAUCUGCCUUAUCAGUUGCCCUUGCAGUUGUAUUUGUCAUAAUUACAGCAGGAAUUGCUAUUGUGAAAUUGUUGGCUGGAAGCAUUGCAAUGCCCAAGUUGUUUCCAGAUAUCCCGGAUUUGGCAUCUGUCUGGAACUUCUUCACAGUUGUCCCAGUUAUUGUGACUGCUUAUAUCUGCCAUUACAAUGUUCACCCUAUAGAAAACGAACUUGAGGAUCCUUCCCAGAUAAAGCCCGUGGUGCGGACAUCACUAGCACUUUGUUCCACAGUCUACUUAACCACGAGCUUCUUUGGUUUUCUACUCUUUGGUGAAGCCACACUUGAUGACGUGCUGGCCAACUUUGACUCCAAUCUCGGUAUUCCAUACAGCUCUGUUCUCAAUGAUGCGGUCAGAGUUAGCUAUGCUGUGCACCUCAUGCUUGUGUUCCCUAUGAUCUUCCAUGCCCUCCGCCUCAAUGUGGAUGGCCUACUUUUUCCAUCAGCCAGGCCUUUGUCUUCUGACAAUCAGAGAUUUGCUAUAAUUACGGCGGUGCUUCUGUCAGUUGUUUUCUUGGCUGCAAAUUUUAUUCCCAGCAUAUGGGAUGCCUUUCAAUUUACCGGUGCAACUGCCGCAGUUUGUAUUGGGUUCAUUUUUCCUGCUGCCAUUACUCUCAGGGACCCUCAUGGCAUCGCAACAAAGUGGGAUAAGAUCGUGGCCAUCUUCAUGAUCAGCCUUGCAGUACUGUCGAAUGUCAUUGCUAUAUACAGCGAUGCAUAUGCUCUCUUUAAUGAGAGCAAAGCCUCCCCACAGUCCUGAGAUCUUCUUGUUUCCAUAAGAGCGAUGGUGGUAUUGGCGGUUCUUGUAUAUGUGGGAUGAUUAAAAUUGUUCUGAAGCAACGACUGCAAUGCUGCAAUCUUGUGUAAAUUUGUUUUCUAUCAGUAGUAGACAACUCAACAUCUAGGUUGAAUCAUGUGCUGUAUGUAAUAUAUGAACAAUUGCCUGAAGGAAGUUCUAUGCUUCCUUCAGCAUGAACAGGACCCUGUGCCCUGCAAAUGUUUGUAAUAAAUAUGAAACUGGACUUGGAUGUUGUGUUUUA